CACACUACAGAAAUUACAACGCAUUACAGAAUACAAUUUACCUUCAACACACCCUCCAGACUAUCUUUCGAAGUCCAGAACAUACAAAGGAUAUGGAAGUCGCAAGGAACUACAUCGCAGACUUGGAUACAACUAAAAAAGAUUGGACAAUAACCGCGAGAAUAACCCGUAUGUGGGAAGUGCGAUACAAACCAACAAAUGAAAACCCAGAUACAAUAGAUAUGGUCCUCCUCGAUGAACAGGGAACGCAAAUACAUGCAUUGAUAAAGAAGACAAUAAUCAAUCACUACAAGGAUAAGGUAACAGAAGGGAGAAUAUAUACACUGUCUCAUUUCAGUGUCGGGAAAAACACCAGAACACGACUACAAGUAGAGAAUGAGUACAUCAUAUGGUUCAAUUCAUUUACAUCAGUAACAUUGCAAGAAGAAACUGCUGCCGCAAUCCCGUUUCACAAAUUCAACUUGCGUCCCAUCGACUAGCUGGCUGAGCGAAACAAUAAAGCCGACAUACUCACAGAGGUAAUUGGUCAGCUAAUUGGAGUAGAGAACAAAAUCCAAACCAACCAAAACCACCCAACAGAACAACGCCGGACAAUCCACAUCCAAGAUGCAAGGAACAACAAAGUCGCGGUAACGCUGUGGGGAACCCAAGCAGAUCUGGUGACCGAUGACAUACCAAACAACGGAUCACAACCACACAUAGUAAUCAUCACAGCUACUAGAGUAACAACGUUCAAUGGGAACUACCAACUGAAUUCUAACGGAGGAACAAAGAUAUACAUCAAUCUAGACAUUCCAGAAGUCCAACAAUUCAAGAGAGACAUGGUUGAUGUGCCGCUACAACAAAUAGUUCGAAUAGAAGCCACCCAGCCAGAGAGUAUCGAGGAGGCGAUGGUCAAGAAUCGGAAAACAAUCAAAGAAGUACAACAACUAUACAUGGAAGGAGAAGAAAAUGAGGAACACAUGAACACUUAUACUUGCGUGGAAAAAAUAACAUUCAUCCACGACCAAGAGUGCGGUUGGAUGUACACUUCAUGCAACAACUGCAAAUCAAGAGUAGAUGAGAAUCAAUACAACAACAAAUGCCAAGAUUUCCCAGAAUUCCCCAUCAACAGGUACCGAAUAAUUGCCACAAUUGAUGACGGAAACGCAACGAUGACUGUGGCGAUCUUUGACAAAGACGUGGAAAAAAUUAUUGCAAACCCUAUAGCAUCAAUGAUGAAGAUUUAUGAUCAGGAAAAGGGGGUCGAGAAGGUUUCAAAUGAACUACAACAAUGCGUAGGGAAGACAUGUACACUCAAGCUCAAAGUCAACAACAAAAGCUACAUACAAGAGUUAACUGCUAUAAAGGUCUUCCAUGUUGAGACAGAGGAAAAAAUAACAACAAAACGACACGGGAAGGAGAAACUCAAAGAAAUAAAAAAAAGGAGGGCCAACCAAACAAAAAACACAAGAACAAUAGGGUCGACACACCAACAGAGGAGAUCCCUACAACGAGCAUAUCACCAACUACAAACCAAGACCCAAUACAACAGGCGGACGACGAAACCAACUACUAAAUGAUGAGCAAAGUUCAAACGCUCAUGUGCGUUGCAUGAGUCCUUACUUUUAUAAAUUUCAAAACCAUCUUAACAAAUUACUUUUACAUAUUUAAUAGAUUUGGUUACUAUUUAACCUUCA